AAAACGCCCGGUUCAAGGGCAGAGAAAGUGAGCAGUUUAAGUCCGGCAAAUCAUUAGCGACUGAGAACCAGGAAGGGGGUUCGAUGGCAACGCGGGACUGCGAUGACCAUGACGACCAUAAGUGUGAGUCUUGGAGCUAGGACCGGAUGCCUGUACGCUUCGGGCAUGGACGACCGUUGUCUCACACGCUAAUGGAGCGCACGUUUCUGUGACCUGGUGUCUCUAUAACCUCUUCGUCGGGGAGCUCGCGGCGAGGGGCUAGCCCCAGUGACCCCAGCCAAGGUCUCUGGAGCGGCAGGAGGGCCACAGGCCCCCAGGUGCACCCGUCCCAGAGGGCGCGGCGGCGGGAACGCAGGGACCCCUGCCUGGGCGGCGGCCACACCGCUGCCCUUCCUUCCCCACCCCCGGCCCAAAUUCUGGGCUCUCGGCCCGGAAGGGAACUGGCUCCCUUCACGCCGCCCGGACCUCGACCGUCGCCUCGCGAGUUGGGACAGCCAGGAGAACCCCCACUUGCCGCCCCGUGCCCGCAGGGCCACGGGCCGAGGAGGAGGAGGCGGCGGAGGGGGGCAUUUUCCCGGAUUCCUCGCGCACACGAGUUGUUGAAACCAUUGAAGGGAAGGAACACAUCCCACCCCCCUCGGGGAAGUGGCCUCUUCUGGCCAUGUCUCCUGUAGCUGCUGCCGAGCCAGAUGGGGUCCAGGGAGACAGGCAUGUGACCAAGCUCAUUUUCUUCCUUUUUGUCAUCGGUGCCAUCCUGCUGUGUGUGGGAGUCCUGCUCUCCAUCUUUGGCUUCCAGGCAUGCCAAUACGAAACCCUCCCAGACUGCAGCACGGUGCUGAAGAUCUCCGGGCCCGCGUGUGCCGUGAUUGGGCUGGGGGCUGUGGUCCUGGCCCGCUCCCGGGCACGACUUCAGAGAAGUGAGGAGCGCCUGCGAGGCAACCAGGGGGCCUCCGACCGAGCCUUCCUCUGUGGGGAGAGCCGCCAGUUUGUCCAGUGUCUCAUCUUUGGGUUUCUGUUCCUGACGAGUGGUAUGCUCAUCAGUGUACUGGGCAUUUGGGUCCCCGGGUGUGGCUCAGACUGGGUGCAGGAACCGCUGAAUGAGACAGACACUGCUGACUUAGAGCCCCAGAUCUGUGGAUUCCUGUCCCUGCAGAUCUUGGGACCCUUGAUUGUGCUUGUGGGAUUGUGUUUCUUCGUGGUUGCCCAUGUUAAGAAGAGAAACAACUCGAAUGUGGGCCAGGAUGCUUCUGAAAGUGAAGAGAGACAGACCCAGAACAUGGAGCCCGUCCAGGUCACUGUAGGUGAUGCCGUGAUCAUAUUCCCACCUCCUCCACCACCUUACUUCCCUGAGUCUUCAGUUUCUGCAGCUACUCGGAGUCCUGGGGCUGACAGUUUGCUCCCAAAUGAAAAUCCACCUUCAUAUUACAGUAUUUUUAACUAUAGGAUCCCAACUCCUGAGGGCCAAGGCGCAGCCUCUGAGAGAGAUUGUGAAUCUAUAUAUACUAUUUCUGGGACUGCUCCAUCCUCUGAGACCUCACACACUCCCUGUCUCUCAUCCGAAUUGCCUCCCAGAUACGAAGAAAAAGAAACUGCUGCCACCACAUCCUUGUCUCCAUCUUCUGAGCCUUCCCCACCAUGAGCCACGGACUCCAGUUCAAUUUUUUAUAGAAUCAAUCACUAUUUAAUUUGUUUUUCUAAUAAAAAAUACAGUAGAAUC